AUGGAAAACGAAGUUGUCCUUCCAACAAACGGUGUGUUAAAGAAAUGGACCAAUUAUGUAAAUGGAUGGCAAGAGCGAUACUUUGAAAUCACCGAAGGAAACUUGGUUUAUUUCAAAUCGAAAGCGGAAAAAACUCAUGGUUGUAGAGGAAGCAUAUUUCUGAAAAAUGCCAUUAUAGCCGUAAGAAAAGCUCACGAAUUCGAUGAGAAUGAGUUCUCGAUUUCCAUGGGCGAAAACGUCGUUUGGUAUUUGAAAGCUGAGAAUUCCCAGUCGAAGCUGUUAUGGAUGAGAUCUGUAGUCCGGGUAACAAUACAAAAUGACUCGGACUACAGCUCUACCAGUACCAAAAGUCACUCACGAAAUCCAUCUGUGUCAUCAGCACUUGCCUCAAUACACCAAAAAACAGACGAUGCGAAUGAAGUCACAAAAUUAUUUUCAACAAAACUAUCCGAACUUGAAGCCUAUAGAACCAUGUGCAAAGAUCAGAUGAUGUCCAUUGAAAGACUACUAGAACAAGGAGGAGCUAGCUGUAUUGUUCCACAAGCGACGAUUUUGUCUGUGAAAGCAACUCAUCUAGCAUUAAUUGUCAACAUAAAUCACAUUGUGGAUCUCGUUAAGACUUCUAAAGUUGUUAUUCCUGAGAAUUCAACUUCGUCUCCUGCCACUUCAUCUCCUGCCACUUCAUCAGUUUCUACCACCCCUCCUCCUGUUCGAGAAGCUUUGUGUGCUACUAGAAGUGUCUCUUCAUCAGUUCUUAGACUUGAGUCUACUGAACAGGAAUAUAUGUCCGAUGAUAAUUCAACCAUGACGACAUCGACGAUUCUUGCGAGACCUGAUAUUGAUGUGACAAGUGAUUGUGAUGAGUUUUUUGACGCUGAUGAGUUCGAUGUUGAUUCGAAAAAUGGUGAUGCAACAUUGAGUAAAAACCGGAUCGAAGCGUCUUCAGAAGAUGAAGAAAACGGAAAUAUCGUCAUCGAAAAAGAAGAAGAAAAUAAGAAACCCAAUUUCAGAGUUGACGGAGACCCAGUAACCGGCCACUAUGAUGACUUAUUGGUUGAUCAAGAGCAUUCGCUGUUUUCAACAAUAGAUAAGCUGGCUGUAGAGCAAUUGAAAUAUGCUCUUGCUGGAGUUGAAGAUAACGUCUGGAGUCUAUUUGCUGAGGAUGGGCCGAUGAGAAUGUACACACGUCAGGUCGAAGAUGAAGGUGGCCUUCCGGUCGAUCCACUGAAAGCCACUCAUUCGGUUGAUGGAGUUACCGCAUUAGAAUUCAUGCACUAUUUUUACGACGCUCGUUACAAAAUGCAAUGGGAUCAUACACUGGAAGCAAUGAGUGUCGUUGAGCAUAUCUCUCCAGAUUCAGUAGUACUUCACCAAAAACACAAAACUAUCUGGCCAGCAGCACCGAGAGAAUCUCUUUUCGUAUCUCAUAUUCGACGUGUUGAUGAACAUAAAAGAGAUGGCGCCCACGAUUUGUAUAUAGUAUGUAACCGAGAUGUUCAGAGAGCCGAUGUUCCGCUCGGAAGCUCUUCUGCAGUUCGAGUUGGGUUGACGGUUUCAAUGAUUUGCGAAACUAUAAUAAAAGAUCCACAUAUUGAGAGGAAACUAACUAGAGACGAUGUACAAUGCAAUAUUAUUUAUGUAUCUCAAGUUCACCCUGGUGGAUGGGUUCCUGUUUCUGCACUCCGUCAUGUCUACAAAAAGGAAUAUCCCAAAUUUUUGCGAACCUUUACCGAAUUCGUCAAGAAAAAUGUGAAAGGAAAACCGCUCAGUAUUUGA